UCUCUCUCUCUCUCUCUCUCUCUCUCCCUCUCUCUCUCUCCCUCUCUGUCAGCUCUGUAGUUCAGCAGGCCGGGCUCCAGAGAAGAGGGCUGUUCCCUUCCUCUCAGUCUGAAACAUUCCUCACCAUGGCUGCCACGGACGUGGACGUGUUUUCGAAUGAAGAGAAGCGUAACCUGAGUUUGGGCGGACAUGUUGGAUUCGACAGCCUCCCUGACCAGCUGGUCAGUAAAUCGGUCACUCAGGGAUUCUGCUUCAAUAUUCUCUGUGUAGGAGAGACCGGUCUCGGGAAGUCCACAUUAAUGAACACCCUCUUCAACACCAUGUUUGAAAACGAAGAGGCCAGCCAUUAUCAGAACGGAGUGUAUCUGAGGCCGCGAACAUACGACCUGCAGGAGAGCAACGUCCACCUCAAACUCACCAUCGUCGACACCGUGGGCUUCGGGGAUCAGAUCAACAAAGAGGACAGCUACAAGCCCAUCGUGGACUACAUCGACACUCAGUUUGAGAACUAUCUCCAGGAGGAGCUGAAGAUCAAGCGCUCGCUGUUUAACUACCACGACACCAGGAUCCACAUAUGCCUUUACUUCAUCGCCCCGACAGGACACUCCCUCAAGUCUCUGGACCUCGUCACCAUGAAGAAACUGGACAGCAAGAUAUCUGGAGGGCUCAGAGCUGCAGUCAGUCAGAGGAUUGGCCCUCGUUCAGCCCGUAGCAUGGGGCCACAACACGUCCACUUCUCUGUGUCAGCCAGCUUAUGUUUCAGGUUCUGCACCGGCCUGCAGUCUCGCUCCAGGAUAGACAAACUGAUCACACAGCUUCAGCUCCAUGAGAUGUUCAAACAGCUUCAGCUUCAUGAGAUGUUCAAGCAGCUUCAGCUUCAUGAGAUGUUCAAACAGCUUCAGCUUCAUGAGAUGUUCAAGCAGCUUCAGCUUCAUGAGAUGUUCAAACAGCUUCAGCUUCAUGAGAUGUUCAAACAGCUUCAGCUUCAUGAGAUGUUCAAACAGCUUCAGCUUUAUGAGAUGUUCAGACAGCUUCAGCUUCAUGAGAUGUGCAUCAGAUCUCCUCUUUCUCUGUUCAGUGGUCCUGUCCUCAUCCUGGUGCAUGUUUCUUUUCUUACAGUGGAAAACGAGAGUCACUGCGACUUUGUGAAACUCCGAGAGAUGCUGAUCCGGGUAAACAUGGAGGACCUGAGGGAGCAGACCCACGCUCGCCACUACGAGCUGUACCGACGCUGCAAGCUGGAGGAGAUGGGCUUCAAAGAUACAGACCCCGACAGCCAGCCAUUCAGUCUCCAGGAAACGUACGAGGCCAAGAGGAAAGAGUUCCUGGGCGACCUGCAGCGUAAAGAGGAAGAGAUGCGACAAAUGUUUGUGAACAAAGUGAAAGAGACAGAAGCAGAGCUGAAGGAGAAGGAGAGAGAGCUGCACGAUAAGUUCGAGCAGCUGAAGCGGAUGCACCAGGAGGAGAAGAGGAAGGUGGAGGAGAAGCGGAGAGACCUGGAGGAGGAGAUGAACGCCUUCAACAGGAAGAAGGUGGCGGCGGAGACGCUCUCCUUAUCUCAGCCCCUCAAGAAAGACAAGGACAAGAAAAAUUAAUUUAUGGGCGCUGUAAACCCCCCCCACACACGACCAUGGACAUGUCCUCCAUCACCAUAGACCCAACAACAUCUGUUUGUUUUUCUCUUUCUUUGUUUUGUUCUGACAUUCCAUCUUGACAUUGUUCACAUGGACCAAAGACACUGAGGAUGAUGAUGAUGAUGAUGAUGAUGAUGAUGAAGCCACAGGGGGAUAAAGAUGGUGAGAUGCUCAGAGAGAAACACAGUAACAGUGGCCGUCUCGUUUAUUCAGAUCUUUCUUUCUAUGUUUGUUCUUUUGGACACUUUUUUUUAUAUAUGCAGUUUUUGUUUUUCUCUGUUGUUGUUUUUGUUUCAUCAGUUAUUCACAGAAGAGACAGGUUGACCCCUGAACCCCCCUCCCCUGGUGCAGCAGCAGAACACAGCGGGCGAUUCUUUCAGACAGCUCAGCGUUGAUUUAACGUCUCUCAACAGAUCCAGCCUUUUAAAAACCACCGCUGUCUGAAAGCUCGUCCAGCUGCUUCCUGUCUGUCCUCAGCUUUAGUCCAGUCCCAGAAUAAGACUCCCUCUGUCCAAUGAGCCCACAUAAAACCUUAGACUAGCAUAGAGUCCAGCAUUAGACCGAGUACCUGUCCUCUGUCCAUCAGUGUGACACCAAGGUACUGACGUCAUCUUAAUCUAAAGUCUUAAUUAAACUUAUAUACAUGGUGCUGUUUCUUAUUAACCCCUUCAUGUGUGUGAAUAUCUCCCAGAGCUUCAGCGGCCUAAUAUGCAGAAUAAUGUACUUUGAUGUUUUUGUAAGAAGCACAUAUGACGGUGUACAUUCUCCAUACAUGAUGUUACUAUGUUGUUAACCUUGAGUGAUUGUGUUGUGACAGUGGACACAAACAUGAAGCCAGUAUAUACACACACUGUGUACACACACACACACACACACACACACACACAGGGUAGAGGAUUCAGGACUCAGAGACGAGAGCAGCUGUAUUUACUGUCUGUCAAUGGAAAUAAAUGCAACACCCCCCCAUCC